AAUAAAUGAAAAUGGAGUUGGUUCCCGUCCCGAGUUUUUUUGAAAUCGAAAAUGGAAGCAACAGUGACAUCCUGCCCUUCAACCCCUCGUUGGAACCUCGAGCGGCCCUUCCUCACCGGCCGAUUUCACCAGGAAACAAAGGGUACAUCUCGCUUCCCCGAUGCCAAGAGUUUUUCUUUCGAUUCUUUCAGCUCCGGACCUGAAAAGCCCAUUGGUUGUUACGAUACCGCCGUUCAGGAGCUUAUUGUUAUUGAUGACCUUCUGUCUGCUUUGGUUGGAAUUGAGGGACGAUAUAUUUCAAUUAAAAGACUUCGUGGAAAGGAGGGUAAUGUGACUUUCCAGGUCGAUGCUUCUAUGGAUUUAGCACUUCAGGAAAUGGCUAAACGGAUAUUCCCUUUGUGUGAGAGCUUCCUGUUGAUUGAUCAAUUUGUUGAAUCAAGAUCUCAGUUCAAGAAUGGCCUAGUCAAUCAUGCCUUUGCUGCUGCGCUUAGAGCACUCCUUCUAGAUUACCAGGCCAUGGUGGCACAGCUUGAACACCAAUUCCGACUUGGAAGACUAUCUGUCCAAGGAUUGUGGUUUUAUUGUCAGCCAAUGAUGGGGUCUAUGCAAGCAUUGUCCAUUGUGAUACAGAAGGCUUCAGCUAAUAAUUUGGCUGGUUCUGCAGUGCUUAACCUGUUGCAGAGCCAGGCUAAAGCUAUGGCCGGUGAUAAUGCUGUGAGGUCAUUGCUAGAGAAGAUGGCACAAUGUGCAAGUAAUGCAUACCUGGGCAUAUUAGAAAGGUGGAUCUAUGAAGGGGUGAUUGAUGAUCCUUAUGGUGAAUUUUUCAUUGCUGAGAACAAGUCUCUUCAAAAGGAGAGCCUAACUCAGGACUAUGAUGCUAAGUAUUGGAGGCAACGUUACAGUCUGAAAGAGGACAUUCCUAGCUUCCUUGCAAAUAUUGCUGGCACAAUAUUGACUACGGGGAAGUAUCUAAAUGUCAUGCGAGAAUGUGGGCACAAUGUUCAGGUUCCUAUGUCUGAAAAUUCAAAAUUGAUGACCUUUGGUUCAAGCCAUCAUUAUCUUGAGUGUGUGAAAGCUGCUUAUGAAUUUGCCAGUGGUGAGCUCUUAAAUCUCAUAAAAGAAAAGUAUGAUCUUGUGGGAAAGCUGCGGUCUAUAAAGCACUAUCUUCUUCUUGAUCAGGGUGAUUUCUUGGUUCAUUUUAUGGAUAUAGCCCGAGAAGAGCUCUUGAAAAAGCAUGAUGAGAUUUCUGUGGAGAAGUUGCAGUCUCUACUGGACCUUGCUUUACGUACCACAGCUGCUGCUGCAGAUCCUUGUCAUGAGGAUUUAACAUGUUUUGUUGAGAGGUCUUCUUUGCUGAAAGGAUUGAGCACUUUAAAAGAUUUGGAUAUCAAGACAAUUUCUGAUAAUAAUGAUGCAGAGGAGCCCUUGAGCAUUACUGGUCUUGAGACAUUCUCUUUGAGCUACAAGAUUCGAUGGCCAUUGUCAAUUGUUAUAUCAAGAAAAGCCUUAGCAAAAUACCAGUUAAUUUUCCGCUUUGUUUUCCAUUGUAAACAUGUGGAGCGGCAGCUUUGUGGAGCUUGGCAAAUGCAUCAAGGAGUUCGUGCUUUUAAUACUUGUGGAACUGCCAUCUCUCGAUCGUCUCUGCUAUGCCGUAGCAUGCUCAAAUUUAUUAAUAGCCUUCUACAUUAUCUAACAUUUGAGGUUCUUGAACCCAAUUGGCAUGUGAUGCAUGGUAGGCUUCAGACAGCUAAAAGUAUAGAUGAGGUCAUCCAACAUCAUGAUUUCUUCCUUGACAAGUGUCUUAGAGAGUGUCUGCUCCGCUUGCCUGAACUGCUCAAGAAGGUGGAGAAGUUGAAAUCCUUAUGUCUACAAUAUGCAGCAGCAGCCCAGUGGUUAAUUUCAUCUUCUAUUGACAUUCCCAAAUUAGAGGAUGCACCAUCUGAUACCUCACUUGGUCCAGAAAAAUCCAAACAGUGGAAAUCCAGAAGUCUAUCUAAGGCACAAAAACUGAUGACUAGAAACGCAGCAGUUACUGAUUCAAUCCUAAAAUUCGAGAGGGAAUUCAAUGCUGAGCUUCAGAGUCUGGGACCAAUCUUGAGCAGUAGUUCCCAGGCAGAACCAUAUUUGACUCAUCUAGCACAGUGGAUUCUUGGCGUUGGUCAUGAUCAAUAAAGCCAUUGAUCCAUAGGCACUCUUUGCGCAUCGGGUUGUGACGUGUUUAUCAUUCUUGGGUACUUUCCUUCAUCGCCAAAGGCUGGGUUUUGCCGAAAGAUGUCUAGGAAAGACGAGUUCUACACUGAAUUUGGCUUUGUUGAGUGGUGGUCACAAGAGUACUACGUACCUCCAGUUGGACCGAAGAAGCGGAUGUUUGUCCUGCGUCAACUAUAAUCUGUAUAAUAUGCUAAAGUUUUGUUCAGUUCUUAUGAUCUCUGGAGAAACGUGUUUUAUGACACAAAAAAUAGGUUCAUGUCCAUUGUUGGGUGUUUUGGAAUUGUUCUUAUAUUUUCCUUUGUCCUACUGUAUGUUUGCGUUCAUCAAAUCGAGUGAAAAUUGCAUUUUU